AUGGAACUGGUAAACACAACACUUGUGUCCAUAGUUGCUUCAACUUCGGUUAUAGCGGUUGGAGCAGAUGCAUUUCCCUCAGCUUCCUCAGGGGUCAUCAGAAGCCGGUCUCGCCUCCAUAUCUACAUCGAUAAAGGCAGCCAAUACACAACCCUAAUUCGCCUCCUAAAACAAACCCAAGUAGGCGAACAAAUCCAAAGCCAACUCAACAACUCCUUCCAGGGCCUCACCAUAUUCGCCGCCACCGACAACGCAUUCAACAACCUCAAACCUGGCACACUUAAUGGCCUAACAUCACAAGAACAGGUCGCAUUGGUCCUCUACCAUGUCCUGCCUCGAUACUACAGCAUGUCUAUGUUCGAGACAGCGAGCAAUCCGGUCAACACACAGGCGUCGGGAAGUUCAGGGGUUUACAAUGUAAAUAUUAUUAGCGCAAGCAAUCAGGUGAAUGUGUCGACAGGGGUUGAUGAAACACAGAUUGGUAAUGAUUUGUAUUCAGAUUUUCCAUUGGCGGUGUAUUCAGUUGAUCAGGUGUUGUUGCCUUAUGAUUUGUUCGGACCGAAGCCAGCACCGAGGGUAGGGCCGAAGAAGAAGGCAGGUAAGGUUCCAGCAGCGAAAGCGCCAUCAGUGGAGGCAGAUAGCAGUACUCCGUCUGCUGCGACUGGUAGAUUUGAAGUGAGGAGUUGGGGUCUUGGUUUUGGAGUUGUGUUGAUGUUUGUUGGAUAUCUUGUUUAAGGGGUGGUUGAUGCACGCAUGCAUGGUUUCUUUGAGAAUUUGUGGGGAUUGGCAUUUGUACCUUAUAGAGACUUUUCUCAAUUUUAUGUUUUAGAUUUUGUAUGUUGAGAGUUUGUUUGGAUUUAAUUUGUUAUGAUUGAGCAUUGGUUUGGUUAAUUAUAUUUUCCCAUCUGAAAUGGAGUUUCCCCUCUAUCACUUCAA